AAAAAUGAAGAGCAGAAAGGUUACCAUGUUAGUGACAAUAAUGAUACUUAUGAUGAUGGGAAACCUUUUAGAUCAAACAAAGGCUCAAAAAAGUUCUUUAGGUCAAAGAGAAGCUGAGAAAAUCCCUUUUAUUCAGUGUUAUCCAUCUUGUCUUAAAGAGUGCAAAAGUACUUACAAGUUUCCAGCGUCUCUCAAGUGUCCAAUUAUAUGUCUUAAAGCCUGUCUUCAUCCUCCAUCACCAUCACCAUCACCAUCACCAUCACCAUCACCAUCACCAUCACCAUCUCCAUCUCCAUCUCCAUCUCCAUCUCCUCUUUCGGAGAAAACUAUUGAUGAAACUAAUGAUUUCUGUAAAUUUGGUUGUGCUGUGCAACAAUGUGCUUCUCUUUCUACUAUGGAAAUUCCAAAUGUGAAGAAAGUCGCAGCCUGUGUCGAUUCAUGUUCGAUUAAGUGUUCCAGCAAAAACUAAAAAGCGAUACUUUUCCUCCU